AUGGCUUUCCGCGGCACAGCCGUCACGCCGUCCUCCUGCCGCGAUCCGCCUAUUGCACGAUUCUGCCCGCACGCGCAAGCAGACGUUACCCCCCUUCCGCCCCCGCCGUCGAUUUGGCCUCGCGAUCCGACGGCCCACCUCGACUCGUCCGAUGCGCGUCUCGAGUCGCCCUCGCGUUUCAAUUACGAAAAUAUCACAGCUUCCCCGUCGUCGAAUCUUAGGGCUGGUUCCGAACCUGGUUUGUCUUUAGCGGGGGCGCAUGGGGAAGGUUUGCCCCAAUGCGCGCAGCCUGCCCCUGUAGCGCGGGACUCUUCUUCCGCCGUUUCCGCCGCCUGCAGUCUUUUUUGCCCGAAUUGCGCCUCCAUCCUCGUCCCUUGCCUCUGCUGCGCCGCGCUCCUUGUUCCCCCCCCUCUGCCGUCCGCUUCCCCCGCUGCGUACCGCGCAACCCCUCCCCGCCUGCGCGCCUGCGGGGAAAAGGCGGGGAAGGGAGCGGCUUGCGGCAAUGGGGCGGCGCAGAAAGGUAUUGGCGGAAACAGGGGGGGAGGCGGAGGUAGCGUUGGUGAAUGCCGAGGGGUAGGAGGGCCGGGCGUGACCGAGGCAGCAAACGAAUCAGGAGCAACAGGAGCAGCAGCGGUAGCGGCAACUGCGGCGGCAACCCCGGCAGAGGCGGUGGUGAGUGGUGAAGAUGUGGGGGGUGGCGGGAUAGGUUGCUCGCCACUUCCGCUGCCCCUGUCGCCCGUCAGUUCUCCCCGCACAGUGAGGGGCAGCACGAAGCAGCGUGGUGAUUGGUGGAGAGAUGGGGUUGAGAGAUGCGAGGGAGGAGAGGGAGGAGAGGGAGGAGAGGGAGGAGAGGGAGGAGAGGGAGGAGAGGGAGGAGAGGGAGGAGAGGGAGGAGAGGGAGGAGAGGGAGAAGGAGCAGCAGAGCAAGGCAUGGUAACAGCGGGCAUGAGCUGUGGUCGCUGCGGCAUUGCUCUGCUGCACCCCUUCUGGCACCCCACAAGCCCAUCUGCCGCCGCCGCUACUGCUUCUGCUGCUGCUGCUGCUGCUCCUGCUGGCGCUGCUGGAUCGAAGACUGUCACGCGUGCAUGCCACCAACUGGAGUCGUCGCUCCUACCUGCUCCUCCUCACCACAUCCUACCGUGCCCUCUCCUCAAAGGUCCGCCGCUCCUCUCCCUCCCCCUUCUCCCCUCCCAGUUCGAACGUCCCGCUCUUCUGUUGCAAUGCAGACUCUCAUGCAAACCCCCCCCCCCCCCUCUCCCUUCUCUUUGCUUUUCUGUUGCAAUGCAAACUCUCAUGGUGCACUUUAAUGCUCCUUCGCGCUCCAACGUCCCUCCUCCCACACGUGGCAACGACAGACACCACAGCGGCUGGCAGGUGGGGGGUGCGGAGACAGCAGGGGUGGCGAGAACUAGAUUACUGGGGAGUGGAGAGCGGUGGAAGGGCCGCCAGGGUAAUCCGCACGCGGAAAAGGAUGGUGGAGUGAGGAAAGGUGGGGCAAAGAGUGGAGCAGGGGAGAAAGGUGGGGAGAGGGAUGUGAGAGUGGAAGGGCAGGGUCUAUCAACCACACGCCCUGCCCGCCAGUCCCUCACACCCACCCGUGCAUCAACCAGCAAGGCAACGCACCCAUCUCUAUCCCCUCCUUCCAACACCAUGCCUCCUCCUCGCACUCCCUCACUCCCUCUCCCUGCCUCCCCUGCUGCUGCUGCCACCCUAGCCACCCCUCCCACACGGCCCUCCAGAGCCCUCCAUCCAUCCACGCCCUCCUCCCCUCAGCCUCCCUACACACAGCCCGUGCGGCCGCACUCGUCUCUUCCCUCCCCUGCCCGUGAAUUUUCUCCUCUGCCUCCUGCCCGUGCCGUAAACCCUCGCGGUGGUGCUGCUGGGACGAUUAGGGGCUCUCAGCCCGGGCAGAACCAGGCUGCUUGCUCUCUGUCCCCAGCAGCAGCAGGAAGGAGAGGCGGAGGCGGAGACAAGGCAGCAGCAGAAGCUGUUAUGCCAGCAGCAGUAUCGGAGACAGCAGAGAUCGCAGAGAGAGCAGGAGAAAGAGGGGCAGGUGGAAAGACGCAUUUGUCAGUGGAGAGAGGGAAGGGGCAAGGGGCGAGAGGCAGUGUGGGUGCAGGUGACAGAAAGCGGAAGGCCAAGGAGAAAGGCAAGCAAGACAAAUCUAGGCAGGUGGCAGAGCCAGAGGCAGAGGCUAGUAAUAUGCGACGUGGGAAAGGUGCUGCUGCGGCAGUGGAUCAUGCUGCUGCUGCUGCUGCUGCUGCUGCUGCUGCUGCUGCUGCUGCUCGCACUGCGGGCACUAACCAUGAGCGAGUGACAGGCUAUCUGCUGCGUAGUGGAAGUGGUUUGGGCGUGGGUGUUGGGGGAUGCGGAAGGGCAGCGGGGGCAGCAGGGGCAGCAGGGGCAGCGGGGGCAGCAGGGGCAGCAGGGGCAGCAGGGGCAGCAGGGGCAGCAGGGGCAGCAGGGCAACAGAAAAGGGUGCGGUUUCUGGAUGGACAGGGGGGAAGUGGCAUAGGAGAGAGCACUCCUGAGGCAGAUGGUGGUGGUACCUGGACUGGAGGAGGGGGCGAGAGGAGUCUACCUCUCUCAUUCCUCCAUGCCAGACUGAUUCAGCACACUAGCCAGUGCAGCAGGAGGAGCAGCCAAGAGGGCACGGAACUGGGAUGUGCUUUAGGAGAAGACGUUCGCCCUGGUCCAGCCGUGCAGAUGCCGCAGCCCACUGAUCCUUCCUCCUCCCACCCUCACCAUGCACCUCUGACCUCCCAUCCACACUGCCACACCGCCACCGGUUCCCACACUCUCCCUUCUCUGUCCUCCCCUCCGCAACCAACCUCGCUUCUGCGCCAGCAGGUCAACUCCUUGUUGCGCCUUCUGCAUGACCUCGCCUUUACACUUGCAUGCCCACCCCCACUCGCACCCCUUGCACCCCUCGCUUUCCAAACUGCUCAUCGUGCCUCUCAUCAAGGCCCCGCGGUCUCCCUCGUCUCAAUCCCCAACCCCACUCGCACGCACCUGCAGCAGACUCCGUUCAGGGGCUCAGGGCCACAAGCCUGCCCAGAGUCUGGCUGGGCGAUGGGAAUGGGAAUUGGCAUGGGCAUGGGCAUGGGCAUGGGAAGGGAUGGCUGGGGUGAUAAGGGGCUAGGGGGAAUGGAGGAGUAUGGGAGGGAGGGUUUUGUGGACGAGUUAAUGGAGGAGAGCCCGAGUGUGAGUGAGAGGAGGGAGGCUGUACAGCUGUCGCACCAUCUGUUGGUGCUAGCAUACCAUGAGCUUGCUCAUCUUGAUUCUCUCAUUUGA